AUGUCGUCAGAGCGAUUAUACGCCUUCUCUCCGGAGACCAAAGAGAAGCUGCGUAAAUUCCGCCUGGGAACGUCGCGGGCUAAGGAACCGCAGGCCUUGAUUUACAUUGUCGACACAAAAAGCCAAGAAAUCCGAGCUGAAGAUGGCGAGGUCUACUCCAAGAUGGAAGAUCUAGCCGACGAGCUUCCAGAGUCGUCUCCCCGAUUCAUCCUCCUCAGUUAUCCUCUCACCCUGGGUUCUGGUCGUCUUUCCGUCCCCUACGUCAUGCUUUACUACCUACCUGAAAACUGCAACCCAUCCCAGCGGAUGAUGUAUGCUGGUGCCGUGGAGCUGAUGCGGAACACAGCGGAGGUCAAUCGUGUGAUCGAGGUUGAGAGCGACGAGGAUAUUCUAUCCAUCGAAUCGAAGCUACAGAGCGAGGAUUGA